CAUCGCGGGCGGCGGUGGCGGGAGCAGCAUGCCGAUCAACAGAUCUGAAAAGCCAGACAAACCUGAUAAUUGCGAUAAUGUCAAAGUUGUGGUUCGUUGCCGGCCACUCAAUGAGCGGGAGAAGGCGAUGUGUUAUAAAAUGGCUGUCAAUGUUGAUGAAAUGAGAGGCACUAUUACUGUGCAUAAAACAGAUUCUUCCAAUGAACCUCCCAAGACGUUCACUUUUGAUACUGUAUUUGGGCCAGAGAGCAAGCAACUUGAUGUCUAUAACUUGACUGCAAGGCCAAUUAUCGACUCUGUUCUGGAAGGUUACAAUGGUACCAUUUUUGCUUAUGGACAGACUGGAACAGGAAAGACUUUUACUAUGGAAGGUGUCCGGGCUGUACCAGAACUCAGGGGAAUCAUUCCCAAUUCCUUUGCUCAUGUAUUUGGACACAUUGCAAAGGCUGAAGGAGAUACAAGGUUUUUGGUUCGAGUUUCUUACUUAGAAAUCUACAAUGAGGAAGUACGUGACCUCUUGGGAAAGGACCAGACACAGAGGCUUGAGGUUAAAGAACGACCCGAUGUAGGAGUCUAUAUCAAAGAUCUUUCAGCCUAUGUUGUAAACAAUGCAGAUGACAUGGAUAGAAUUAUGACUCUUGGCCAUAAAAACCGUUCUGUUGGUGCCACUAAUAUGAAUGAGCACAGCUCCCGUUCCCAUGCUAUUUUCACAAUCACAAUUGAGUGCAGUGAGAAGGGUGUGGAUGGGAAUAUACAUGUCCGUAUGGGCAAGCUACAUCUAGUGGAUCUUGCAGGUUCAGAAAGGCAAACAAAAACCGGAGCUACUGGGCAACGACUGAAAGAAGCAACAAAAAUUAAUCUUUCUCUCUCCACCCUUGGGAAUGUCAUCUCGGCGCUGGUUGAUGGAAAGAGCACUCAUGUGCCUUACCGUAAUUCUAAACUGACUCGACUACUCCAGGAUUCUCUUGGUGGCAACUCCAAAACUAUGAUGUGUGCAAACAUUGGCCCAGCAGACUACAAUUAUGAUGAGACCAUCAGCACUCUGCGAUAUGCUAACCGUGCUAAGAAUAUCAAGAAUAAGGCUAGAAUUAAUGAAGAUCCAAAGGAUGCCUUACUUCGCCAAUUUCAAAAAGAAAUUGAAGAACUUAAGAAAAAGUUGGAAGAAGGGGAAGAAAUCUCUGGUUCCGAGACCAGUGGCUCUGAAGAGGAUGAUGAAGAGGAUGACGGAGAAAUUGGUGAAGAUGGAGAAAAACGAAAGAAACGAAGAGAUCAAGCAGGAAAAAAGAAAGUUUCUCCUGACAAGAUGUUAGAGAUGCAGGCCAAAAUUGAUGAAGAAAGGAAAGCCCUUGAGACAAAGCUUGAUAUGGAAGAGGAAGAAAGGAACAAAGCCCGGGCAGAACUUGAAAAAAGGGAGAAAGAUUUGCUUAAAGCACAGCAAGAACAUCAGUCACUAUUAGAGAAGUUGUCAGCUUUGGAAAAAAAAGUGAUUGUGGGAGGUGUGGAUUUGUUGGCUAAAGCUGAGGAGCAAGAGAAACUUCUGGAAGAAUCUAACAUGGAGUUGGAGGAACGAAGGAAAAGAGCAGAGCAACUCCGAAAAGAGCUGGAGGAGAAAGAGCAAGAGCGAUUGGACAUUGAAGAAAAAUAUACCAGCCUGCAAGAGGAAGCUCAAGGGAAGACUAAGAAGCUGAAAAAAGUGUGGACUAUGCUAAUGGCAGCCAAGUCAGAGAUGGCAGAUCUGCAACAAGAGCAUCAAAGAGAAAUUGAAGGUUUACUGGAGAACAUUCGACAGCUCAGCCGAGAGCUUCGUCUUCAAAUGCUUAUAAUUGACAACUUUAUACCUCAGGAUUACCAGGAAAUGAUUGAGAACUAUGUUCACUGGAAUGAAGACAUUGGAGAAUGGCAGCUGAAAUGUGUGGCAUAUACCGGAAAUAACAUGAGAAAACAGACUCCAGUGGCAGAUAAGAAAGAAAAAGAUCCCUUUGAGGUGGACCUUUCCCAUGUAUAUCUAGCUUACACUGAAGAGAGCUUGAGACAGUCUUUGAUGAAACUAGAAAGACCAAGAACAUCAAAAGGAAGAUCAAGGCCCAAAACUGGCAGAAGGAAACGCUCUGCAAAAUCAGGAGCUGUGAUUGAUUCGCUGCUUCAGUAGGCCAAAACAGUUUUAGAUUUUAGUAAAGAAAAUGCUUGUGAGGCUUAACAUCUGGCCCAAUAUUAUCAGCCUGCGGUUGUUUCCCAAGACCAUAAGAAAACAGUUUUGCUUACUGUUGGGUUACUCUUACAUCUUCUGUUAUGCUAAUGUAUUAAUUCAGAUUCAACAGUGUGGGGAAACUUGUCAUUGUUAUGAAUUCCACUAGGCAUUGUGCAAAAGCAGCUAUUGGGGAUAUCUUUGUGUUUUAGAUUGGUAUGUAUUCAGUGGAAAAGAUGAUACAUGUGUCUAAAUUUUAAACAUAUUAGCCAUAUUAUAAGUAAACAAACAGAUUUCUAUAGCCUGACAUAUAUCUUUUCUUUGUCUGUUGCCAUUUGCUAUAGACAUUACUCCCUGUUUGCACAGCUACAGAUUUCUGUUUUUUUACAUACAAAUAGUAGUUAACCAUUGUUACAAAAUCUGGAAAUUCUUCAUGCCUCUUGGGCAUCUUCUACCAUAUCUAUAGGAGAAUUUCUACUUUUCUUUAGCAUAUAUGCAUAUAUUUGGUAAUAUGAAAAGAUGGACUGUUAUAAAAUAGUGGUGUUGGUUUUCUCUUGGGUGGAUGGCGGAAAUAAAGGAAUCCUUGAGAUUUCCAUUGUGGCAAGUAACACAGUCUACUUCAAGUAUGGAUGUUUGAUUUAUAAGAAGAAGCUCACAGAGAUAAUUUUAAAGGCAAUGUAACUCUAAAGGAACAUGCUUUUUCAUUUAUAACACUAACAUUUGAAAAGAGUAAGAGAGUUUAGGAAAUAACUUUGGUGUUGCACAAACAUUUCUGGGGAGGAACUGCAGAUUCAGAAUGACAACAGCUAAACCAAGGGAUGCUGUAUUUACUGAGCACUGAGACACUGGCAUGCAGUAGUGUUGGGAAUUUAAUGUGUUUGUAUCUGCUCUUCCUAGAUCAGACCUCAAUAACAUAAAGUUCAUAGGAGCCCUACUCCCGUGACGCUAUUAAGUGGCACCCACAGAAUUCCCAAAUUAAACACAAAAGCCUUAAAUUGUAGUGGAAAUCUUGGAAAUUUGGUUCACACUUGCAGGCUUUUUCUCAGGAGCUAUUUUAAUGAUGUUGAUGCUAAUGUCAUUACAAUUCAACAAGGGUUUUAAAGAACUGAAGCAUCAUACUUUUUCAUCAUUCAGCAUAUUUGGUUGAUCCCAACUAGUUUCAAUCCAAUA